GAAUCUAGAAAGAAACCAGAACCAAAGAAAGAAGAAAAAAAAUAUGAACCAUCUGAUUCAGGAAGUUACUGUCAAGAUGAGGAUUUGUCAUGUAGUAAAAGGCCGUUUGGAGGGUUGAUUGCAGAUAUUCGUAGAAAGGCACCUUGGUAUAUAAGUGACUUCAAAGAUUGUUUGUCAUUGCAGUGUAUUUCUUCUAUAGUCUUCUUAUACUUUGCCUGUAUAGCCCAAAUAAUCACAUUUGGCAGUUUACUUGCACAAGACACAAAUCAAAGAAUGGCUGCUGUAGAAUGCUUACUCUCAGCUUUAGUUUGUGGUGUUACUUACAGCUUAUUUAGUGGUCAGCCUCUAACUUUCUUAGGGAGUACAGGCCCUGUACUUGUUUUUGAAGGCAUUGUAUAUGAUAUAUGCGAGUGGUAUUCAAUGGAUUAUUUGUCUGUCCGACUGUGGAUUGGCUUAUGGACUUCUGUUUAUUUGUUUGUGUUUGUGGCUUUUAAUGUAGCUUCUUUAGUACAUUACAUCACUCGUUUUACACAAGAAAUAUUUGCUACUUUAAUAUCAACAUAUUUUAUUUAUAAAGCAUUUAAAAAUGUAGUGUAUAUAGGGAAAAAGUUUCCUCUUAAAACUGGUUACAGUAAGCCAAUUGUUCCAUUAUGUAUAUGUGAUUUACUAGCACCUGUAAAUUUCACCAUCAUUAGUGAAGAUCAGUGCCAAAGCCUAAAUGGAAUAUCUGUUCCUCCAGGAUGUAGUUAUACACCACAUUUUUAUGUGCCUAAUAUUUUCCUCAUGUCUGUCAUUCUAUUUAUUGGUACAUUUGGCUGUAUUCUUUUAUUAAGAGAAGUGAAAAAUACUCCAUUUUUCCCAUCCAAGGUUCGUACAUGUAUAUCAGAUUUUUCUGUCCUUAUCGCUGUUGUAAUUAUGACUGCUUUAGAUAAUUAUGUUGGUUUACAUACACCCAAACUUGAAGUGCCCCAAACAUUUAAGCCAACAUGGUCUGGAAGAGAUUGGAUUAUUCCAUUGUUUGGACAUAAUCCAUGGUGGUCAGCAAUUUUUUCAAUGUUGCCUGCAUUACUUCUAACUGUUUUGAUCUUUAUGGAUCAACAAAUAACUGCUGUUAUUGUAAAUAGGAAAGAAAAUAAACUAAAGAAAGGAAGUGGAUAUCAUUUAGAUCUAUUUGUGUUAGCAAUUUUAAUUGCAAUUUGUUCUGUUUUGGGACUACCUUGGUUUGUUGCUGCAACUGUUCUUUCUAUCACACACGUGAAUUCAUUGAAACGUUCAUCCAAGUGUUCAGCUCCUGGAGAGAAACCACGCUUUUUAGGUGUAAGAGAACAACGGAUGACUCAUUUUUGUGUGUGUGUUCUCAUAGGCCUUUCAAUCCUCUUUACAAAUGUUUUACAGUUUAUACCAAUGCCUAUUUUAUAUGGUGUUUUCCUUUUUAUGGGCGUCAAUUCUCUUAAAGGAAUACAGUUCUUUGAUCGAAUUCUUCUGAUGUUCAUGCCUGAAAAAUACCAGCCUGACUAUAGUUAUCUGCGACAUGUCCCAAUCCGUCAAGUCAAGUAUUAUACAUUAGUGCAACUUCUAUUUUUUGGCCUUUUAUUUUGUUGCAAACUAUUUAAAUCUGCUGCAUUUUUGUUUCCAUUGCUGCUGUUGGCUGUUAUAUUUGCACGUAAAAUACUUGGAUGCUUUUUCAAUAAAACUCACUUAAAGUUAUUGGAUGAUGACAUGCCAGAAACUACAAAAUUUAAAAAAGAAGAUACAUCUGCUACUGAUCAGAUAUCAAACAGCUUAUCUGAAGUUAUUUGUGUCCAAAAUGCAGAUGGUAAAUCAACAUUUAAGAGUCAAAAUAGCCAUGCGAACAUCAACAUAUCUGAAGUGCUUAUGCAAAGUGGUAUCUGGAAGAGCAUUGACCAGCAGUCAAACAAAACAACUAAAAAGUUUUUAGUUGCUAAAAGUAAAAAGAAAAAGCAUGGAAAAAGAGACUCAUCAAAAUCAGAAGAACGCAGAAGACUAUCUGUGAUGGAAGAAGAAGAUGAAGAACAAGUAAACUCUACUUCAUGUACCUCACCUUUGCCUUCUACACCAUGUGAUCCUGGUAGUGAAACUAAUAAUGGAACAGUUGUUUAACUUGGAAACCAAGAAAUUGCCUUUUUAUCCUGAAGUGUUCAGCUGUUCAUUCUGAAUAGCAUUUUUCUUGAAUAUUCAUUAUUGCUCAAAUGUUUAUCAUCUCAACUUUUUAGGAGGAGUAGUUCUCAAGUAGGAGGAAAUACUCAAUUUUUUUUAAUCUAUUAUUUAUUUUUAUAUGCAAAGAUCGAAUAUACUUGUAAAGGUGGAUCUUUGCAUUACAUCAUGGUUGCAGCUAAAUCUAAGUCUUAGAUUAAGAUUAUUUUUACUCUCUAUUUAUUUCAUUCUUUUUUAUAACUUUUAAUUAUUUUGUAUUUUAUUUUGAAGUUCCUUAGUGGUAUCAGGGACUUUUGCAUGAAGUUGUGAAAUGGAAGUGCUUUCAUUUUUGGGUUUUGGGUAUUGUUUUGAAUGACUACCAAUAUGCUGUCAUGUUCUUUCUGAGCUGACUUUUUAAGAUUUAUAAUUUUAUACUUUUCGUUCAAAAUGCAGACAUCCAGUUUUACUCACAGUGUUACAAUGCAUAGUGAGAAUGAUAUAAUUAAAUUACUGCCUUCUUGAAACUCGAUAAAUAUUUUUUUAUUCAUAAAAAUGAAAAGACUAUUUAUACUGUUAUUUAGCAGGUACAUUAAAAGUAUAAGUUGUAUUAUUUGUAUAUAUACCGAAGCAUUUCCUAAAUUUUUGGGCCAAUUACAUGAACAUAUCAGUUUUAUUUGCCUGAAUUCUAUAGAUAUUAUCGGAUAAUAUAAUGUUUUAAAGGCAAUCCAGUUAGGUUUUUAUUUGCACUCCCUUUCCCCAGUUUGGGCUUAUUUAAUAUAAUAACAUAAUUUUUGUUCUAUAAAAUUCACCAUUUUCUGGUGAUUAUCUAUUUAUGCUGAAUGUCAGAUUUAAAGAGAAAGUAAUUCUGGAUCAGAAUUGUUUCUGUUCAUAAAAACAUUAUCGACCAUUUCAUUUUGAAACAAAAUAAAACAAAUUUCUUAAAGAUUUAAUCUAAAUUGCAAUUAUAAAGCCUGUUUUAAAAAAAAAAUUUUUAAGUCAAUUGUAAAGCAGAAUUUUAUAAUGUAUGUAAGUAAAUAACUUUUAGAUUAAACUUUUUAUGUUAUGUAAAGUUUGCUUUGUAUCUAUUGUUGAAUAAAACAAAUUGUCUUCAUGACUAGAAAUGAGAUUUUUUAAAUCAUGAAUGUGUUACUUAGUUUGCUGGCUAGUAUCUGUUAGGUUUGAAAGUCAAAUGAUUAGUACAGUAUUUGUCAAAAUGUUGAGGCAUAACAAUAUUUCUUAUGUUAUCGUUAACUGAAAUAAAUAAUUCCAUAUUAGUAGAAGUAAGAGUAACAACUGAAUUGUGUUAUAAUUUUGUUUUCACUAAAGGCAUUUAAAAAACAGUGGUAACAUUGCUGAACAAAUAUGUUAAUUUUGCAAUUCAUGAAGAGUUUAAUAUAAAUAAAUCAUCAUAUUUAAAAUAUAUGUUCUAAUGUGAUGUUAGAACAAGUUUUUUACCAGUUUACCUUAUUAAUUUUAACUAAAUUUUAAUGUAUAAUUUUAAUCGCAAUAAAGCAUAAUUUUUUCAGGAAAUUUUGGUAGCAUUGAAUUUGGGCAAAUAAUGAAAGUGUUCAAUAAAGAUGUGAUUCUUUACUAUUAACUGUGCUAAAGGAUAUGUUGUAUACUUUUGCAUAGUGUUUAAUAAAGCUUUAAUUAAGGAAAAUAAAAAGAUUCAAAUAUAUUUUUUCUCAAUGAAAGAAAUGAAGUAGUAUCAGCAUGUAUUAUAAAUAUGUGAAUUACUCAGUUAUAAUAAAUUUAUAAUCAUAUUUUUGUAAAUAUCCUGAUUUAUAUAUGAAGAAUGUAUGCAAAUCAUUUUAAUAUAAAGCUUAAAAUUAAAAGAAAAAUAGUGAGUGAUGCAUUUACUUUACUGAAGUACAGUCAAAAGUCUUUAAUCCGGAAUGAUCUAUAAUCCAGACCUCAAAGCUACAAACUUUCUGCGCAUGUGCAUAUGUGUUUAUGCAUGUGCAUAAUCUUUCAAAUGCGCGUU